GGAGAUGAUCUUAUGUACUUGGAUCGUGUUCAUUGAUUUCAAAUACCCAGCGACGAGAUCGAGGGCUUUCCCUCCCUCCACCAUCAACACCAAGUCAAAAAGAUUCCACAGACUUUCCCCUUCCCAUCCUCACAAAGAACCCCCCCUCUUUUGUUGAUUUUCUCCCAGGAUAAACAAAGGAUUCUUUACUUCUGCAAGUUGUUAUCACUUGUCAUCUUUGAGUGUUUGUUUCCCUUCAAAAUUCUCUUUUUGGGGUAUUGGUUUCUGACCUAACCCCACAGAAUUCCUCAAAAGUCAAGAACCUCUUAUUGUUUUCAAGCGGUACUUUCGUUAAUGCGCAGAUAAUAAUAAAUAUUAUCCUUUUAUCUUCAUCCACCACCUUGCCACCUCCCACCUACAGGCGCUCAGCUACAGGUUGGAGGGCUCCUUUGUGGUUCUUUUUGUUCAAAAUGGGAAAAAGUUAAAAGCUUGGCUGAAGAAUUUCUGUCUGUUUUUCUGGUUCUGUUUCCAAUUAAAGCUUGAUUUGGGGCGGGUUUGGCAAUGCUAGGAUGAAUCUUUGUUAGACUAGAAGAUAACUGGUGAAUUGGAAAUCAGUUGCUGCCGAAGAAAGAGGAGAGAUGGUGGUGAGGAGAGUUGGGAAGUAUGAGGUCGGGAGGACAAUUGGGGAAGGAACUUUUGCUAAAGUGAAGUUUGCUCAGAACACAGAGACUGGUGAGAGUGUCGCCAUGAAAGUGCUGGAUCGCAGCACCAUCAUCAAGCACAAGAUGGUCGAUCAGAUCAAGAGAGAGAUAUCUAUAAUGAAACUUGUCAGGCAUCCGAAUGUAGUUCGGCUACAUGAGGCAUGCACUCCUUACUUGAGUAUUAGAUUUCGUGUGUCGGUUUUAGCAAGCCGUACGAAGAUCUACAUAAUCUUGGAGUUCAUUACAGGUGGUGAAUUGUUUGAUAAAAUAGUGCAUCAUGGGAGAUUGAGUGAGGCUGAAGCUAGGAGAUACUUUCAGCAGCUUAUCGAUGGUGUGGAUUAUUGCCACAGUCAAGGAGUUUAUCACAGAGAUUUAAAGCCUGAAAAUCUGCUGCUUGAUUCACAAGGAAAUUUAAAGAUAUCUGAUUUUGGUCUGAGUGCUCUUCCCCCAGAAGGUGUUACAUUGCUGCGAACAACUUGUGGAACUCCUAAUUAUGUGGCACCUGAGGUACUUAGCCACAAGGGUAAGGGUUACAAUGGAGCUGUGGCUGAUGUGUGGUCCUGUGGCGUCAUCCUUUAUGUUCUCAUAACUGGAUAUCUUCCUUUUGAUGAACUUGACCUCACCACGUUAUAUAGUAAGGCAUGCACAUUAAUCAAGUGGACUGAUUUCCCUUCAGUUUGUAUUGACAACGCAGAGUUCUCAUGCCCUUCUUGGUUUCCAGUGGCCGCGAAGUCAUUGAUCCACAGAAUUUUGGACCCAAAUCCUCAAACUCGAAUUACCAUCGAACAGAUAAGGGAUGAUGAGUGGUUUAAGAAAAACUAUGACCCGGUAAGACUACCUGAACAUGAAGACGUGAACUUGGAUGAUAUAAAUGCAGCCUUUGAUGAUCCCGAGGAGCAAAGUACAGUUGAAGAAGGUGGAAGUGAGGACUUGGGUCCUCUGAUUCUUAAUGCCUUUGACUUGAUCAUUUUAUCACAAGGAUUAAACCUCGGCACCCUAUUUGACCGGGGUCAGGACUCUGUGAAGUAUCAAACAAGGUUUGUUUCUCGCAAGCCAGCAAAGGUUGUAUUGUCAACAAUGGAAGUGGUUGCUCAAUCAAUGAGUUUCAAAACACAUAUCCGCAAUUACAAGAUGAGAGUGGAAGGUCUUUCAGCUAACAAGAGUGCUCAUUUCUCAGUAAUCUUAGAAGUAUUUGAAGUUGCUCCCACGUUCUUCAUGGUUGAUGCACAGAGAGCAGCCGGUGAUGUCAGUGAGUACCUCAAGUUUUACAAGAACUUCUGUGGCAAGCUUGAAGAUAUCAUCUGGAAACCACCCAUUGAAUCAGGCAGACAUAAGAUCACCAAGACUAAGAGCAAGAGGCGUUGACUUUAUGUUACUCCCAUUCAAUCUCUACCCACACAGGCUGUUUUACUUCUCAUCCCACAUGAACCCUAAUCUCCAUGCCUGAAUCUAACAGUGCCCCCUUUCCCAACGAGGAGAAAAUGAAUUGAACAGAAGGCAUAGAACACCAAACUUUUAGCCUUCGGAGAUUAUGUGAGAUAGGCUGGAUCUCUUGAAUCAAUGACUUAAUAUCGUGUAGUUUGCUUGCCUGUUGUAAGUUUGCCAUUUAAUAUGUUUCUUUUGAUGCAUGCCAUGUAAUUUUAUUGCUGCAUAGUAAAGAAGAGCCAGAGAACUCUCCACGCAAGACGAUCUUAAUGAAACUGUGGCAGGCUCUACGCAUUCUCGUGUUCUUGUUGACUCUUAUUGAGGGAUCAGUUUGAAUAUUUAGCAACCCAAAUCCCACAGCCAACUUCUGGCUGUGAUUCGCAGCAGAAGCA